GUCUGCCUUGACAACUUAAAAAGCAUUAGACCCAGCCAUGCCACUUCCUAAUCUACGUCGUAUCUUCUCUUCAUUCAGGACUCCAGAGGAGGAGGCUCAGAUCUCACGCUCAGCAUUCUUCAAGUUCUCAGGCUACAUCCUCACUUGCGCAUUCAUCACUUGGAUGGCCGCAAAACAAGGUGCCCACCUUCGACCAGGUGUGACAGGAGGGGCAUAAAAAAAAGCAUUUAGAAACACCCAUCCAUAUACACCAGAAACUCUUCAUAUCCUUCUUUCAUCUCAUUUGCAACCAAUUCUUUUGUUUCAUACUUUUGGAUGAUACCCGCAGU